AUGAUGAUGAUGAUGAUGAUGGUAAAAUCUAAGUCACCUCACCAAGUCCACUCCCUCCUCGUACGAACUUCCAUGCUGCAGGACCCUCGCGUGGAUUCGCUUCUUUAUUCCGUCACCAAUUUCCUCGUAACCUACCAAAAAAGGGCUCACAGCACCUCAACCUCCCCAGACCUAAGCUCCAAAAAUCCUCUUCUAACCGACUUCCUCAUGAAAUCCCUUGAAUUCCCCCACCACAAAGCGGCCACUAUUUCCAGCCGGUUCCCGCGUGAAUCCACCCAAAAGCCCGAAUUGGUCAUCCGCUACUUCAAAUCCCUUGGCCUCUCCACCGCCCAUAUGCAGUCAGCAGUCAGACGCCAACCACUUGUCUUAUACGCAGAUGUUGACAAGAUCCUCAAGCCCAAAGUCGACUUCUGUCAAGAACUGGGCCUGCGUGGACCCCACCUGCCCAUCCUAAUCUCCAAGAACCCGAAACUCCUAACCAGCAGCCUCGACAAAAAGCUAAAACCGAGCAUCGGGGUCAUCAAGAGAGUCCUUGAGUGCUACCGGGGAAAAAGUACAGAUGACGAAAUUAACCUUCUCCUUUUCCAGAUACUCUCAAGGUACAGCUGGGACAUUGGGAAUGAGACGAGACUGGAGUCCAACAUAGCCUACUUGAAGAGCUGUGGGAUAGUUGGCUCUCAACUUAUCAAGCUUCUGAAAACUGAGCUUAGUUUGUUCUCCAUGCGGGAGCCUGAGCUUAAAGGACUCGUCUCGCAGGCUGUCGAGAUGGGCUUCCAAAUGGGCUCAAGAAUGCUGGUCCACGGUGUUCAGGCACUCUACAGAAAUAGCCCAGAGACUAUUAGCAGAAAGUUUGAGCUGUUUGAAGAGCUUGGAUUUAGAAAGGAGGAGUGUAGUUUGAUGUUUGUGAAGUCGCCGGUGGUUUUCAUGGCGUCUGAAGACAAGCUGAGGCGUUCGGUGGACUUCUUCAUCAAUACUCUCGGGUUUAACAGGUCGCUGCUGGUGGGGUCUCCUUUUCUUUUGAAUUUCAGUUUAGAGAGGAGGAUGGUGCCGAGGUUGAAAGUGAUGGAGAUGGUAAAGUCGAGGGGAGUUCUGAAGAGGCAUCCGAGUUUUGUUACGGUGUUGUUGAUGACGGAGGACAAGUUUGUGAAUCAGUUUGUCUCCAAAUACGCCAAGGAUUUGAAAGUGGCUUACGAUAAAUGGCGUUUGGGGUCUUCCUGA